AUGGAUAGAGAUGAUUUGAUAAUCUCAGAUCUGAUUCGCAAGGUUGUGAAGACGAAUUCUCAUUAAAGCAAUGAACCUGAUGUGGAGGAAACUAAGGAGGGUGGUGACUCGAAUACUUCUGUGUCUGAGGAGGAGGUUGAUGAGCACUAAAUGAGUUUAUUGGAUUACACAAUUGAAUCGAUUCCAAGUUUAAAUUUUAUCUCCGAAUACUCUUCAUUGAUUGAGCAGGAUAGUUUGAUAAGCAGUAGUUAAAGUUCAGAUUCUUCCAGCUCAAGCUCAAGUUCAAGUUCGAGUUCUUCAUCUGAGAGCGAGGAUGAUGAGGAAAGGAAAGAAAACUUGUCUGUAUCAAAUUCUUGAAUGAUAUAUAUAUUAUUUUAUCAGCUUUUAUCAUGCAC